GUGCCCGGACACCCAGGACAGAGGAGACCCCUCCGCUGGGGAGAAGAGGCUCAGGCUGCGACCGCCCUGCUGCAGAACCCUCCCUUUCCCGCCUCUCCGAGUCCUCCCACCGCGAUGGAGCGUCCCUGGGAGGACAGCCCAGGCCCGGAGGGGGCAGCUGAGGGCUCGCCUGUGCCAGUCGCCGCCGGGGCGCGCUCCGGUGCCGCGGCGAGUGGCACAGGCUGGCAGCCACGGGCUGAGUGCCCGGGCCCCAAGGGGAGGUGGCCACUGCUGGCGACCGCCGGCCCUUUGCGUCGCUGGCCCGCCCCCUCUCCUGCCAGCUCCAGCCCCCCCCCCGGAGCGGCGUCCGCUCACUCGGUUCAAGGCAGCGCGACUGCGGGUGGCGCACGACCAGGGCGCAGACCUUGGGGCGCGGCCCAUGGAGUCGGGGCUGCUGCGGCCCGCGCCGGUGAGCGAGGUCAUCGUUCUGCAUUACAACUACACCGGCAAGCUCCGCGGUGCGCGCUACCAGCCGGGUGCCGGCCUGCGCGCCGACGCCGUGGUGUGCCUGGCGGUGUGCGCCUUCAUCGUGCUAGAGAAUCUGGCCGUGUUGUUGGUACUCGGACGCCACCCGCGCUUCCACGCUCCCAUGUUCCUGCUCCUGGGCAGCCUCACGUUGUCGGAUCUGCUGGCAGGCGCGGCCUACGCCGCCAACAUCCUACUGUCGGGGCCGCUCACGCUGCGACUGUCGCCCGCGCUCUGGUUCGCACGGGAGGGAGGCGUCUUCGUGGCACUCACUGCGUCGGUGCUGAGCCUCCUGGCCAUCGCGCUGGAGCGCAGCCUCACCAUGGCGCGCAGGGGGCCCGCUCCCGUCUCCAGUCGGGGGCGCACGCUGGCGAUGGCAGCCGCGGCCUGGGGCGUGUCGCUGCUCCUCGGGCUCCUGCCAGCCCUGGGCUGGAAUUGCCUGGGUCGCCUGGACGCCUGCUCCACUGUCUUGCCGCUCUACGCCAAGGCCUACGUGCUCUUCUGCGUGCUCGCCUUCGUGGGCAUCCUGGCCGCGAUCUGUGCACUCUACGCGCGCAUCUACUGCCAGGUACGCGCCAACGCGCGGCGCCUGCGGGCACGGCCCGGGACUGCGGGGACCAUCUCGACCCGGGCGCGUCGCAAGCCGCGCUCGCUGGCCUUGCUGCGCACGCUCAGCGUGGUGCUCCUGGCCUUUGUGGCAUGUUGGGGCCCCCUCUUCCUGCUGCUGUUGCUCGACGUGGCGUGCCCAGCGCGCACCUGUCCUGUACUCCUGCAGGCCGAUCCCUUCCUGGGACUGGCCAUGGCCAACUCACUUCUGAACCCCAUCAUCUACACGCUCACCAACCGCGACCUGCGCCACGCGCUCCUGCGCCUCGUCUGCUGCGGCCGCCACUCCUGCGGCAGAGACCCGGGUGGCUCCCAGCAGUCGGCGAGCGCGGCUGAGGCUUCCGGGGGCCUGCGCCGCUGCCUGCCCCCGGGCCUGGAUGGGAGCUUCAGCGGCUCGGAGCGCUCGUCGCCCCAGCGCGACGGGCUGGACACCAGCGGCUCCACAGGCAGCCCCGGUGCACCCACAGCCGCCCGGACUCUGGUACCAGAACCGGCUGCAGACUGACACCCUCGGCCCACGACUGUCCUCCCAAGUUUUACAGACUUGUUCUUUUUACAUAAAGGGAUUUGUAGGAAAUGCAGCCGAAGGUGCAGUCGGAAAAGAGGCAGGGGAAAUGUAUUUAUGGAGCGACACACCACAACGUGAACAAACAGACAAAAAAUCUGUGCCCUCGUGGAAUUGACGUUCUGCUUGGGAACACAGAAAAGAACUCGGUGACGAAAUAAUGGAGACGAUUCCAGUGACACACGACAGAGAUGGUGAUAGUGGUCAGGGAAGGCCUCUCUGCAGAGGUAGUGACUUGUAAUGUGAGCUGAGACCUCUGCCCUGGGAAGACCAAAAGAAAAAGCAUUUCAGGAUGGGGGAAUGGCGUGAGCAAAGGCCCUGAGGCUGAAAUGUGCCCAUGUGUUCUAAGAAACGCAGGGAUGCCGGUGUGCCUGGAGCAGGCAUGGAGGGGAGAAUGGGAGGAGACAAGGAGCUGAAGGCGUAGUUCCCGAAGGACCUUGUGGGUGGUAUAGAGGACUUCGCUUUUGCUCUGAGUGAGGUGGGAGCCAUAGAAGGUUCUAAGCAGAGGAGGGACUUGCCCUAAUUCAGGUGAUCACAGGUGUCUUGUGGCCUCCAUGAGAGGUUGAAAGCCAGAGAAGGUGAAGGGGGGCUGCACUGAACCACAGGAACAAUGAUGGAGAUUCCAGCUAAGCCCAGACCCGGUGGAUUCUAGAUAGAUUUUGGAGGCAGCAGACAGAAUUACUGAGGAAUUGAGUGUAAGAGUGGAAUAAAGUUAUCAAGGACAAUGCCAAGGGUGGGGCACCCCCAAAUUUGACUCUGGGAGACUCAGCCAAAUCCUAUCUGGUAAUAAAAUUUCUUUUUUAUUUUUCUUUUCUUUCUUUCUUUUUUGAGUUGGGAUCUUGUGCUCUGUCACCCAGGCUGGAGUGCAAUGGGCACAAUUAUAGCUCACUGCAGCCUGGAACUCCUAGGAUCAAGCCUGGAGUUCCUGCUUCAGCCUCCCUAGUAGCUGGGACUACAGGCAUGCACCACCAUGCCCAGUUAAUAAAAUUUCUUCAAAUGCAGUUUCAGAUCCUUCAUUAAAAGAAAUAAUAAUAAUAGGCUGGGUGCCGUGACUCACGCCUCUAACCCCACCACUCUGGGAGGCAGAGGUGGGCAGAUCACCUGACGUCAGGAGUUUGAGACCAGUUUGGCCAACAUGGUGAAACCCCAUCUCUACUAAAAAUACAAAAAUUAGCCAAGUAUGAUGGCUCACGCCUAUAGUUCCAGCUACUCGGGAGGCUGAGGCAGGAGAAUCCCUUGAAACUGGGAGGCAGAGGUUGCAAAGAGCUGCAC